UUCUACUUUUGUUUAAUGCGUAAUGACAAAUCCUCCAGCCCUGGCAAGAUACGUCAAGUGAAGCAGGUGGACCUUACCCCAACGCUUGCUCUCCUGACGGGCGUCUCCAUCCCGGGCGGGAACAUUGGCAGGCCGCUGACCGAGGUCUUGUCUCACAUGGGGCUGGAGAGGAGGAUGAUGCUGCACCACAUCGCAGCCAAGCAGCUCCUGGCCAUCGCAAGGGGGUCUGGUCUCUUCUCGGGCAAUGACAACGCUGAACUGAUCUUCGAGGAAGCCACGCGACUGCACAAGCAGGUCCUCCAGAACGAUAUUCUGGAAGCGGAGAGGGUGUGCCGCUUUUACCAAGAGUGCCAGGAAAUGGUGUCGGAUGCCCUAUCCUCCAAACUGCAGAGUUACGAUCUCACCGCCAUCUUUGCCUCUACCAUGGCUGUCAUUCUGGUGAGGCGUCUUGGGCCGUCUGCUUCUCCGGGCUGGUCGCCUUACUUGUUCCGUGGCUUUUGUUUGGUUGGACUACAGUCGUGUAGUUUUUGUUGUUGUGGUGGUUGUUAUUGUAAUUGUAGUUGUAGAAAUAGUAACUUGCUGUUGUUUGAGGCUGUGACAGUGCCCUCCUUGUGA